AUGGAGUACUACACCUCGAGUCCCCUUUUCAUGCCUUUGGUCAAGCUAGUGGGCGAGUACCUGGGCAGCGAGGACUGGAUGCAUCAGCUCUUCCACCGCACCUACUUGCCUGCCCACUACGCCCUCCCCGACCCGCCCGUCUCCGCCGCCGCUUGCCUCUCCGCCCUUCCCCCCCACGACGACGUCGACCGCGUCAGCCGCCUCCCCGACGCGCUCCUGCACAACAUCGUCUCCCGCCUCCCCGUAAAGGACGCCGCCCGCACCUCCGCGCUCUCCCGCCGCUGGCGCGGGGUCUGGCGCUCCGCCCCGCUCGUCCUCGUCGACGCCCACCUCUUCCCCGCCACCUCCGCCGUCUCCAGCGUCCUCGCCGCGCACCCGGGCCCCUUCCGAUGCGUCCACCUCAACGACUGCUACAUGGACGAGUUCCCUGCUCUGCUCACGGGCUGGCUCCAGAUCCUGGCCGACAAGGGCAUCCAGGAACUCGUCCUCGUCAACCGCCGGUGGCCACUCGACGUCACUCUCCCCGACACUUUCUUAGGCAUGGCCACCCUCACCCGCCUCUACCUCGGCCCCUGGAAGUUCCCCGACACGGCCGGCCUCCCAAGCGCCACCUGCUUCGGCAACCUCCGUGAGCUCGGGCUCUGCAACGUCAUCAUGGAGAGCGGGGAUUUGGACUUCGUCCUCGACAGGAGCCCCGUGCUGGAGACGCUCUGUCUCGAAGGGAAUCUCUUCAGGCUCUGCCUCCGCCUUGUCAGCCAGAGCCUCCGGUGCGUGCAGAUCAUCGGGUGCUUCCUUGAAGAAAUCUUCGUGGUGGACGCCCCACGCCUUGAGCGGCUCAUCCAGUCCGAAGGUUGUACCCCUAAUGGCACCUGCACCAAGGUGAAGAUUGGGCAUGCCCCCAAGCUGCACUUGUUGGGAUACUUGGAGCUGGACCAGAGGCACAUCCUAGAGGUCGGCAACACCAUCAUCAAGUUGCAGGCUGGGACAGGGGUGAGCCCGAGCACUAUGGUGCCAAGUGUGGGAAUCCUGGCUUUGGAGGUGCGUUUCGAAGUCCGCAAUGAUGCCAAGAUGGCUCCCGGUGUCCUCAAAUGCUUUCCGAAUGUUGAGACACUCCACAUCAAGUCUGGAAAAAAUGACCAAUCCACUGGCAAGCUGAACCUAAAGUCCUGGCACGAAUCUGGCACCAUAGAAUGCAUCCGGUCACGCAUCAAGCUGCUGUUUUUCCACGAUUUCCGAGGGGGCCGCGGUGAGCUCGCCUUCCUCAAAUUCUUCUUUGAGAGCGCAUUGGUGCUGCAGGAGGCGGUGAUUGUGUUUGCCGCUGCCCCCAGUUCGAUGGAAGAGGUUCAAUCCAAAUUGGAUAUUCUUGGGUCCAUGAAACGGGCUAGUGAAACCUCCAUAGUGCUGCUCACUACACGUUCUGAUCCUCAAGGAGGUUACGUUUGGAGCUUCAAAAUAGGGUCUGGUUUUUCUCCUGCCGACCCUUUUGAAAACUACUGA